AUGUUUUUUUUUUCGAGAAAAUACGACAAGAUCGACGCCACACAUCAUAUACCAGAUUGUGGAUGUGAAGUGGCUGGAUCACAUGGAAAUCAUCCACAUUGCGAUGCUGUCACUGGCGCAUGUCGCUGUAAAUCCAACGUUGAAGGACGUCAGUGUAAUAAGUGCAAACCGGGGUAUUUUGAUUUGUCUAGGGACAAUCAGUUUGGUUGUACUCCUUGCUUCUGUUUCGGUCAUUCCUCAAUUUGCGCAACAGCACCCGGGUAUUAUGCGAUGAACAUAACUUCGGAUUUCGAAACUGAUAAGGAAAAGUGGUCUGCGCAGUCGCAUAACGGGCUUCUUGACGCUCAAUGGGCGGAACUGGAUCACGCUGUGGCAGCAUCCAGUGUCGAAGAAGGACCAGUACAUUUCAUUGCUCCGGAACAAUUUACUGGUGAUCAGCGGAGCUCCUACAAUCAAUUGCUAACCUUUGAUCUUCGAGUCACUAAACAGGGUGCAAGACCUAGUGUGAAACUAUCCAAACUUAAGGCACACCUUACUCUGCCUGUGUUUCCUGUGUUGUUGGUUUCAAGAUUGUCUACACUUUUCAGAGAUGUUGUCGUUGUUGGCGGAGAUGGACAGGAACUGUCACUUCCGAUUUUUGCUCAGGAAAACCCAACGCCUGGACCGGAAAAACAGUCCUAUCGUUUCCGCAUUCAUGCUGAUCCUCAGUUCCAAUGGCAUCCCCGGCUUAACGAAUUGGACUUCAUCGGUAUACUGUCGAAUGUCACUGCUUUGAAAAUUCGUGGCACCUAUUCGCACCAAGAUGUUGGUUUUCUGUCAAAUGUCCAUCUUGGAACCGCAGGACUGGCACCAGCAGCAGAUCCUCGACCUGCCAACUGGUUCUGCGAGUCAUGUGCUCCCGGCUACAGACGUGAGCUCAAAUACGGCGGACCGUUCAAUCGCUGUAUCAGGUGCGAUUGUCAUGGUCAUUCGCACAGUUGCGAUGCGGAGAGCGGAGCUUGCAUUUGUGAACACAACACUGCUGGAGAUACGUGCGAACGAUGUGCGCGUGGCUAUUACGGCAAUGCAUUGACGGGCACAGAGGACGAUUGUGAAAAGUGUCCUUGCCCCGAGGAUGGACCUUGUAUUCUGCAUACUGAUGGCGACGUCCUGUGUACGGAAUGUCCUUUAGGAUAUACCGGACGACGAUGUGAUGAAUGUUCGGAUGGGUUUUUCGGCAACCCUAAAGACGGUAUUCCAUGCAAAGAAUGUGAGUGCUCAGGGAAUAUCGAUCCGAAUUCGAUAGGUAAUUGUGACAAGGUUACUGGAGAAUGCAAGAAAUGUGUCUAUAAUACAUAUGGAUUCAACUGCGAGAAGUGUAGGCCAGGGUAUUGGGGGGAUGCACUGCUGGAACCUAAAGGAGACUGCAAAGCUUGCAACUGUUUUGCACCUGGAACUCGUCGGCCGAAUCACGAUUACACUGUACUGGAGUGUUCCCAGGAUAACGGACAGUGCGAUUGUCUUCCACAUAUCAUUGGAUUCCACUGUGACCAACCAGAGCAUGGUUAUUACAAUAUAAGCUCUGGUGUUGGCGGUCAUCAAUGUGGUUGUGAUCCUCUUGGAUCUGAAGACUCAUCUUGCGAUGUGGUUACCGGUAACUGCAGAUGUAAACCUGGCGUCACCGGACGGCAAUGCGAUCAAUGCGCACCAUACCACUUUGGCUUUGGUGUAAAAGGCUGUCAACCCUGUGACUGUAAAGUAAUCGGCAGCGAAAGUCGACAAUGCGAUGUGACCAAUGGACAAUGUUUAUGCCGUGAUCAUAUCCAAGGGCGACGCUGUGAUCAGUGUGUGGAGAAUCGGUACGACAUCAAAUCUGGAUGUCUUCCGUGUGACGACUGCUACACGUUGAUUCAGACCAGAGUAAACGCGUUUCGUGAUGGCGUCAGACAGCUUGACAAUACCCUUAGGGAAAUCAUCGAGAAUCCAGCACCGGUAAUGUGGCCAUUGACAUUGCCACUUCAUUGUUCAUACGAUGGUCUUAGGGGCAUAACUGUCAACGACACAGCUUUCGACGACCGUGUGAAGCAAGUCAGCGAAGAUGUGCACGAUCUUGCUAAACUUGUCACCAAAAAACUGGAAUCUGACGACUCCUUUCUGGUUGGACAAGUCGCUCAGCUACGGAAGGACGUCGCGGAUGCAUUGGUGGAUGUGAAAAAAGUGGACAAAAUGAUGGCAUCAUCGCGUGGAAAAGUUGAGCAAACAGAAGUCGGACUUCAACGAUGGAAGAUCAUUAACGGUUCAUAUUUUCAAUUUUUUUUUCUCGUUACAUUCUUGUCCUCCUCAAUUAGCUCUGCUUACUUCGACCAGCCCAAACGGCCAAAUACAGAACCACUUCUGCUCAGUAUUUUUGCUGAAACGAAAGUAAUGCAGCCAGUUCUGCUGAGUCAAAUCUCUAGUGUGCCUCCCACGAACCUGGAGAAGUGCCUGAGCUUCUGA